GCUUGGAAGGGGAGCCGGCGGCCCUGCCCUUCCUCGUCCAGGCGCUGCGUGGGGGCGAGGGGCUGGCCUCGCUCCUGCCAAGGAGAAGGGCACGCCUCCCAGUAGCCUGGGUUGGCCUGGGGGGGCACCCACCUGCUUCCCUCGUCCUGUGGGCUGCAGCCAGAGCCCCGGCGCCGAGUCCCUCCCCCGCCCUCAGCCUCCCCUCCUCCAAAGUCCGCCCAGACCCGGGUGCUAGCUCGCAGGGUCAGGGAUCCAGACCGACCAGGGGACUGAAUCGGGGCCCCCUCUGGCCACCUUGUGUCUCCUUUUCUGAAAAGCCCCAAGAUGGGGGAUGCUGGAUUGCUGUCGGGGCAGGGUUUGCUGUGGCAGCUCCCGAGGGAAGAGCGGGCAGCUCGUGGGGUCCUUUGUCUGGCCUUCUGAAGGAGUGGGAGCAGGGCUUUCCUGGAGAAGGGGCCCUUUGCCAGCUGGAGCCCGGGGCUGGGGCUUCCCUUGGGUACUCCCCGGCUGCCCGCUGCCUGCCCGGGGGCCUCUGGGAACAUGCAGCCCUUGGGCUUCUGACAGGCUGUUCCGGAACGGUUGGAUCAGAUCACCCUUUAACCAGUUGCAGGAACGUGGGCGCGCGGCCGCGCAGACUGCCAUGGACCCGGAUUGUUACGCCAGCAUGCAGGUGGGGAUGCGCGUGGUGCGAGGGGUCGACUGGAAGUGGGGCAAUCAGGACAACGGCGAGGGGAACGUCGGCACGGUGGUGGAGAUCGGCCGCCAGGGCAGCCCCACGACGCCCGACCGCACGGUGGUGGUCCAGUGGGAUCAGGGCACCAGGACUAACUACCGGACCGGCUUUCAGGGCGCCUAUGACCUCCUCCUCUAUGACAACGCCCAGAUAGGUGUCCGACACCCCAACAUCAUCUGCGACUGCUGUAAGAAGCACGGGCUCAGGGGCAUGCGCUGGAAGUGCCGGAUCUGCUUCGACUAUGACCUCUGCACCCAGUGCUACAUGAACAACAAGCACGACCUCUCGCACGCCUUCGAACGCUACGAGACCGCGCACUCGCGCCCAGUCACAGUGAGUGCCCGCCACAAUCUGCCUCGAAUCACCCUGAGGGGCAUCUUCCAAGGUGCCAAGGUCCUCCGGGGCCCAGAUUGGGAAUGGGGCAACCAGGAUGGGGGCGAGGGGAAGGCAGGUCGCGUGAUGGACAUCCGCGGGUGGGACGUGGAGACGGGCCGCAGCGUGGCUAGCGUGACCUGGGCCGACGGCACCACCAACGUCUACCGCGUGGGCCACAAGGGCAAGGUGGACCUCAAGUGCGUGGUGGAGGCGCCGGGAGGCUUCUAUUACAAAGAGCACCUCCCGAGGCUAGGCAAGCCCGCCGAGCUGCAGCGGAAGGCAAGUGCCGAGAGCCCUCCCUUUCAGCACGGAGACAAGGUCAAGUGUCUGCUGGCCAUGGACAUUCUGCGGGAAAUGCAGGAGGGCCAUGGAGGCUGGAACCCCAAGAUGGCUGAGUUCAUCGGUCAGACGGGGACUGUCCACCGCAUCACUGACCGCGGCGACGUACGCGUCCAGUUCAGUAGUGACGCCCGCUGGACCUUCCAUCCCGGCGCCCUGACCAAACACAACACGUUUUGGGUCGGAGAUAUGGUCCGGGUCAUUGAGGAUCUGGAGACGGUCAAGCGGCUGCAGGCUGGGCACGGCGAGUGGACGGAGGACAUGGCCCUGGCCCUGGGGCACAUCGGGAAAGUGAUGAAGGUUUUCGGAGAUGGAGACUUGAGGGUGUCUGUGGGCGGUCAGUCCUGGACUUUCAACCCCGCCUGCCUGACGGCGUACCACCUGGAGGCGGACGCCAACCUGAAUGCCACCGAGAGCGCCAAGGAGCCCAAGAGCUCCCUGGGUGCUGUCCUGGAGAAGCUGCUCACCCAGAAGAGCGACCCCGAACAGCCAGGGCGGCUGGUGACCGAGGUGGCUCACGGCAACGUGGCCAGGGUGCUGGAGCUGGUGAAGAGGCACCCAGACAAGGUGGAUGUCAGAAACCAGGGCCGGACCGCCCUCCAGGUGGCCGCCCACCUGGGCCAGGUGGAGCUGGUGCGGCUGCUGCUCCAGGCCCACGCGGGCACAGACGUGCGGGACGACGAGGGAGACACCGCGCUGCACUACGCGGCCUUUGGGAACCAGGCCGAGGUGGCCCGGGUGCUGCUGAGCCGGGGAGCGAGUGCCAACCUGAUCAAUAACGCCAAGUGCACCGCCCUGCACGUGGCAGUCCGCAAGGGCUUCCCGGAGGUGGCGCGCGUCCUGUGUGAGCAAGGCUGCGACGUCAACAUCCCUGACAUGUGUGGAGACACCCCUUUGCACUGUGCCAUCUCAGCAGACGCCAAGGGCAUCAUCGAGAUCCUCACCGAGGUGCCCACCAUCGACUUCACCGCCUCCAAUUGCCAAGGCUUCAACCUUCUCCACCACGCGGCACUUAAAGGCAGCGCGCUAGCCGUCAGGAGGAUCUUGGCGCGGGCCCGGCAGCUGGCAGACACCAAAAAGGACGAUGGCUUCACGGCCCUCCACCUGGCCGCCCUCAAUAACCACCGGGAGGUGGCCGAGAUCCUCAUCAAAGAGGGCCGCUGCGACGUGAACCUCCGCAACAACCGCCACCAGCUGCCGCUGCACCUGGCGGUGACCCAGGCCCACGUGGCGCUGCUGCUCCUGCUGGUGAGCGCCGGCAGCGACGUCAACGCCGAGGACGAGGCCGGGGACACGGCCAUGCACAUCGCCCUGGAGAAACACCAGCUGCUGCCCCCCCCGGCCGAGGCCUCCGGGGCCGGCGAAGGAGCCUCGCUCUUCUCCCGGCUCCAGGCCUCCAGCUUCCUGGGCAGCACGGAGUUGACGGUGGGCAUCGCCAUUGCCUGCUUCCUGGCCCAGGAGGGCGCCGACGUGAACUACGCCAACCACCGGGGCAAGUGCCCCCUGGAUGUGGUCACGGACGGGCGCGUGGUCCAGGCCAUUCGGGGCUUUGCCCACAGGUUCAGAGAGCAGCAGAGCUCCGGGGGCUACCUGGGGAGGAGCUGCGGGCUCCGGAGGAUGCACAGCACCCCCAACACCAUGACCAACCUGAGCGUGGGGGGGGCGGGCGGCGGCCCCGGGGCCGGGCCCUGCGAGUGCCUCGUCUGCUCGGAGCUGGCCCUGCUGGUGCUCUUCCUGCCCUGCCAGCACAGCAUCGUGUGCGAAGAGUGUUCCCGCAGGAUGAAGAAGUGCAUCCGCUGUCAAGUGACAAUCAACAAGAAGCUUAGACAAGACAGCACCGAGGUGGAGAGCGGCCUGUCGGGGCUGGAGUGCGCGGGCCAGCGGCAGCUGAUGGAGGAGCUGCAGAGCCGCUACCGGCAGAUGGAGGAGCGCAUCACCUGCCCCAUCUGCAUCGACAGCCACAUCCGCCUGGUCUUCCAGUGCGGCCACGGCUCCUGCCUCGAGUGCAGCUCGGCGCUCAGCGUCUGCCCCAUCUGCCGCCAGGCCAUCCGCGACCGCAUCCAGAUCUUUGUCUGAGCCCGCGAGACCUAGCUGGGGGCCGCGACCCCCGCCGGGCGCCAGGGCCCGCAGCUCGGGCCGGCCUCCGCGGCGUCAGGAGGCUGGGGCGCCCCCCCGCGUGGCCUCGGACUGCCGCUGCGGGGCACGAGUGCCCGACCGUGCCCGGGGAGGCCCGGGGUGUGGCAGGAAGGGGGCUGCGGCAGCAGCCAGGGACUCGUCCUUCCCCGACGGGGGCGGGGCACCGGGCUGGGCCCAGGGUCUCCGGGGCCCCUCCUCGGGGCAGAAGCCUGGGGCACCAUGGCGGCCGGGGCAAGGAGGGCCCUCGGCUCUCGUGGAAAUCGGCGCGCUGGACCCCGGCCGCCCGCCCGCGGCCCCUCUGGGCUCUCGCCGCGCUGAGGGGGACCCUGCCCCACUCCUGGGUUUGGGAAUGCUGGGGGCUGGGGGUCGGGGCCCGGGCCCCCUUCUUAGCCGCCCUGCCCGCCCCGUGGGAGGGGCCGGUGGCCAUCGGUGCCCAGGGACACGGCGCUUGCGCCCUGCGGCCCGGGAGCUCUGUGUGGCGUGUUGUGAUCCCCGCAUCCUCGUGGUGGCGUCCCGCCUCCCCCAGCCCAGGUACCAGCUGUGUCCUGCUACACAAGAGCCAUGUUUCCAGUAUCUGCCUUUGCAAAAACUCCCCGACACACUCACACUCACACUCACACACACACUCACACACGCAUUUUAUAAACGGAAAAAUGAAUUUUGUC